AUGCAGCACACAGCCUUCGACAGACUCAGAAAGGAGCUAGCAUCACCAACAGUGUUGGCUCAAUACAGACCACAAGCCAAGACAAAAGUGUCCGCUGAUGCAUCAUCCUUUGGCCUCGGGGCUGUCCUUGUACAGAGGCAGGAUAACAUAGAGUGGCGUCCAGUCGCCUACAUUUCCCGGAGCCUAUCUGAAACGGAGCAGCGUUAUGCCCAGGUUGAAAAGGAGGCACUGGCUGUCACCUGGGCCUGUGAAAGGUUGAGCUCAUACCUAAUUGGACUACAAUUCACAAUAGAGACAGACCAUAAACCCCUCAUUGUCCUGUUAGGGACAAAAGCAUUGGAUGACUUGCCUCCCAGAAUUCAGCGAUUCCGCCUUAGACUGCUCAGGUUUACAUACAGCAUAGUACACGUACCAGGAAAGGCCCUCAUUACAGCAGACACACUGUCCAGGGCUCCAAUAAGGCGCCCACUGACAUCGGAAGAAGCACAGCUGGAGGGGGAGGUGCAGGUCUUCAUUAACACAGUACGUGAAAGUUUACCUGCAUCCCCGUCUAAGCUUCAACAGAUAGCAGAACACCAGCAGCAGGAUGUCAUCUGCAGCCAACUAAUACUACAGUGCAAGAGAGGGUGGCCACGACAAGAGGAGCUGCCCCAGCUACUAAAACCCUAUUGGGUCCACCAAAAUUACGAUUUCGGACAUGUGACCAGCAGCCCAUACUUUGCACAGAGCAAUGGGGAGGCAGAGAGGGCUGUGAAAACAGUCAAAGGCAUCUUGAAAAAGAAGGCAGACCCAUACAGGGCCUUGCUGGCGUACCGGGUUACACCGCUGCAUCAAGGACCUUCACCUGCAGAACUCCUAAUGGGCAGGAGGCUGCGCUCACCUUUGCCCGUUUCACCUGGUCAACUCAAACCACGGUGGCCAAACAGGAAAGCUUUUGCAGAGAAGGACAAACGUUUGAAACAUGCUCAGACAGUUACCUAUAACUACAGACAUAGAGCUUCUGCCAGACCAGAACUAAAAGCAGGUCAGAGAGUCUGGAUUACAAACACGCAGGAGCCUGCUACAGUACUGAGAGAAGCUGACACUCCUCGGUCCUAUGUAGUGGAGACAGAUUCAGAGGAAGUGAGGAGAAACAAAGCACACCUCAGACUUUUACCAGAUUUACAAACCCCUCCACAGGUUGUGGAGGACACGGAACAGCAGACAGCGGAACCAGAAGAGAGGACGGGGGAGAGGAGUCAAAGAGCUCACCUAAAGAGGGAAGUUAAAGCCCCAGGGUGGCUUAAAGACUAUAUAACCUAGAAGAAUAGGGAACGGUUAUAAAUGUUAUCUUGUUCAGUUGAUAACUGUAUUUCAUGCCACUUUGUUAUAGUUCUACUUUGGGGAAGGGGAGAUGUAGUAUGGUCCCUUUGGCGUUCCAUACAGGGGAUUGGGGGUGUCCCGGUGUGUACAUGAGGAAAGAGUUCAGUCUGAGUAAAGAUGCCUGUCGGCUAAAUAGC